CUCUUUAUAGAAAAUAUAUAAUAUAUUUCUAAUCUUGAAAUCGAAAUAUUGUAAUGUUUACUCGGAAAGAUCUAUUAUUAAAGCGUACUCCGAAAGACGGUGUUGACCGCAAAAUAUAUUUAGCAUUGCUACGUGACGAAUUCUAUGAAAGUAAAUCUCUGAGUGCCAAAGAACAAGUAUUGGCAAAUCUAGCAAAUUUUGCAUAUGAUCCAGUUAAUUAUGAAUACAUUCGAGAAGUUUGUAUAAUCGACGUAUUUCUUGAAAACCUUCAAGGAAAUAAUAGUACUUUAUCAAGAUAUUCUCUUGCCGGAAUUUGCAACUUAUGCUUAGAUCCUGAUAAUCGUGACUACAUAGUUUAUAAUGAUGGUAUAGCAAAAAUCGUCAAGUACUUGGUCAAUUCCAAUGUUGAGAUGGUUGCUGAUGCCAUAACCACCUUGCAGUUUCUAAUAACACCAGGAACCAGAGACAAAAUUUGUAAUACUGAAAUCAUUAAUAAAAUUCUUAAGAUUCAAAGAAGUGACGACGCUCGUUUAAGAAAUCUGGCAACCAUAUUUUUAGAAGAUCAUUGCCAACGAGAGCAAGUUGAAAUUUGUAAAACUGUAAUGCUUCUUGCUAAAAGACUUUUCAAAUUUCAAUAUGCCUUUAUGCACACCAAGGUGUCUGUUACAAAACAAGUUUCUUUAGAAGAUCUUAAAACGUUUGCUAAAUUGACUGGUGAUAAUAACGUUGUGCAUUUUAAUAGAACUGCAACUUCUGAACCAAUCGUUCAUGGAGCUUUAUUAAAUGGUUUUGUAUCAGGGGUAAUUGGAACAUUGUGUCCAGGUCAUGGGAGCAUAGUGAUUUCACAAUCAUUCACAUUUCCAAAUAAAUGUUUUGUUGAUAUACCGAUUGAGUACCGCAACAUUUCUACAACUUUCUUAGCAACUGCGGGGAAUGUGCGGGUCAGAUUUGCUCCUAGCCCUACAGGUCAUUUACAUUUAGGCGGUUUGCGAACAGCUUUAAUAAAUUACUUGUUCGCAAAAUCAAGACAUGGGAAAUUUAUUCUUCGAAUAGAAGAUACCGAUCAAACUCGUCUGGUACCUGGAGCUAAGGAGCAACUAAUUAAGGAUUUAGAAUGGGCUGGUAUUAUCCCUGAUGAAGGACCAAAGUAUGGGGGAUCACUUGGUCCUUACAUACAAAGUCAACGGAAGAAAAUAUACAAUGAUGAAGUCCAAGAGUUAUUGCAAAACAACUCUGCUUAUCAUUGUUUUUGCACUCCAAAGCGACUGAAUUUAUUAAAAAGGGAAGCACUUCGGAAUCAACAAGUACCAAAGUAUGAUAAUGCCUGUCGAAAAUUAUCAAAAGAUGAAGUAAAAAGAAAACUCGACAAAAAAGAACCUUAUUGUAUUAGAUUUAAAUUAACACCAGAUGCAAGCCCAUUUGAAGAUAUUAUUUAUGGCAAUAUUGCUUUGGAUAUUGCACAGCAAGAGGGUGAUCCAGUUAUUAUAAAAACUGAUGGCAUGCCGACAUAUCAUUUUGCUAAUGUUGUUGAUGAUCACUUGAUGGGAAUAACUCACGUUUUGAGGGGUGUUGAAUGGCAAAUAUCAACACCAAAACAUAUUCUGCUGUAUAAAGCAUUUGGAUGGGAACCUCCCAAGUUCGGCCACUUGCCUCUUUUACUGAACAGUGAUGGAUCAAAACUUAGUAAACGUCAAGGUGAUAUUACAGUAGAUGCUUAUAGAAAAUCAGGAAUUUUUCCACAAGCAUUAGUUAAUUUUAUAACAUUAAGUGGAGGUGGAUUUGACAAAUUGCAAAGUUUGAAACCUAAAAGCUAUUCUUUAGAUGAGCUAAGGGAUCAUUUCAAUUUACGUCGUGUUAAUAGUAACUCCUGUCGUCUUCCUGAGGAUCGAUUACCUGAAUUUAAUAGACUUGAAAUACAAAGACUUUUAAAUAAUCAAGUAGAUAGGGUUAAUUUAAUAUCACAAUUAAGAAAUCUUGUGAUAGAAAAAUAUGGCGAGUCAGAAUUACUGCAUCUGGACGAAGAACAUCUAUCAAGUGUACUUAUAUGGUCUCAAGAUCGAGUAAGCAAACUUCAAGAAUUAUUGAGUGAAAAUUUAGAAUUUCUUUGGAAAUUGCCACCAAAACCAAAAAAACCACCAUCUGGUGAUUUGAAAGAUUUUCUAAUCGAACUUAAGAAUUCCUUAAUUACCACAUACACAUUUGAAAAAGAACAAAUCAAAACAACAUUGCAUAUGGUUAGCAUGAAUAACAAGGAAGAUUUUAAAAAUUUGAUGGCAGAACUUCGAAAAGUCUUAAGUGGUUCCAAGGUUGGUCCUCCAGUUUCAGAAAUGAUUACGAUAUUAGGAAAAGAAAGCACCCUGAAACGCAUUUCAAAUGCUUUACACCAAAAUAAUGAAGGACUCCAAAAUUGUUAUAGUGAAUUUCGUUCCAAGAAACUUUGA